AUGGCUGCGAAGGACUACGACGCGGAGAAGAAGGCUGCCGACGCGGAGCCCCAGAGCGUCUCUGCCUCUGAUGGCGAGACGGCCGAGGGCACCGUCAGCCCCUUGAAGCGCAAUCUUCAUGGGCGCCACAUGCAGAUGAUUGCGAUCGGUGGUGCCAUUGGUGCUGGUCUGUUUGUCGGUACGGGUGGUGCUCUGUACUCUGGUGGACCUGGCUCGCUGCUCAUCGCUUAUCUCAUCGUCGGUGUCAUGCUUCUCCUGACCAUUCAGGCUUUGGGAGAGUUGGCUGUCCUCUAUCCAGUCAACGGGGCAUUCUUUACAUACUGCCUGAGAUUCAUCGAUCCUUCUUGGGGUUUCGCCGUCGGCUGGGACUACGCUCUCAACUGGCUCACUAUCCUGCCCUUCGAAAUCACUGCCGCCGGUAUCACCAUUCAGUACUGGAGGGAUGAUAUCAACAUCGGGGUUUGGAUCACUGUUUUUCUCGUCGUGCUCAGUGCGAUCCAGAUCUUUGGAGUAAGAGGAUACGGUGAAGUGGAGUUCGUCCUCAGUCUCAUCAAGAUUGUUGCGCUCACCGGUUUCAUCAUUCUGGGCAUCGUCAUCGACUGUGGUGGUGCGCCCAAGGGCGGAUAUAUUGGCGCGCACUACUGGCAUGAUCCCGGUGCCUUCAAGGACUUCCGCGGCUUCUGUUCCGUCUUCACGACGGCUGCAUUUGCUUUCGCAGGCACCGAACUUUCCGGUCUGGCUGCCGCCGAAUCAGCGAACCCGGCCAAGGCUCUCCCGAAAGCCUGCAAACAAGUGUUCUGGCGGAUCCUGAUCUUUUACGUCCUGGGAACUUUCAUUGUCGGUCUGAUCGUUCCGUCCAACGCCGAUUAUCUGAUGGGCUCCUCGGGAUCAAACACCAAGGCUUCUCCGUUCGUCAUGUCGAUCCAAAACGCCGGCAUCAGCGGUCUCCCGUCCGUGAUGAAUGCGGUCAUUACCAUUUCGGUCAUCAGCGUCGCCAACUCAGCCACCUUUGGCUCCACGCGGACGAUCCAGGCCCUGGCCAGUAACGGCAUGGCCCCCAAGAUCAUGUCGUACAUUGACAAGAAGGGCCGUCCCGUCUUUUGCGUGUUGCUCCAGAUCGCCUUUGGUUUCCUGGCGUUCAUCAACGAAGCGAGCUCCACUGGCGAUGUGAUCUUCAACUGGCUUCUUGCUUUGUCCGCCAUCUCCAAUUUCUUCGUCUGGGGCAGCAUCUGUCUCGCCCACGUCCGGUUCCGCGCCGCCUGGAAGGCCAACGGCCGCAGCGUGGACGAAUUGGCGUACGCGGCCCCGUUCGGGGUCAUCGGCAGCUGGAUUGGCUUUGGAUUGAACCUCCUCUGCCUGAUUGCCGAAUUCUAUGUUUCCAUUGCGCCCCUGGAUGCCUCCACCUUCUUCCAGAACUACCUCGCCGCCCCCCUCGUCAUUGCUCUCUACCUCUUCUGGAGGAUCUACUCUGCCUACACCAAGGACCCGAGAGUGGAGAAACGCGGCUGGAAGCUGUUGCGGUCGAUCGAUGAGAUCGAUGUUCUCAGCGACAUGCGGGAUACGGCCCUGGACGCCGAUCUGGAGCCACGAAAGAAAUACGACACCUGGGGCGAGUGGUUGAAGGCUGCGCCGAUGAGAGUCGUUCGUUCCAUAUUUUAA